AUGUCUGAUAAAGAAAAAGAGCUUUGCCCACGACUAAUAGAUUACCUUGUCGUUGUUGGCAAACGAAAGAGAACAAGAAAUACGAGCAAAUGUAGUAGCGCAGAUGGGCCAAUCCACUCUUCAAUAACUUAUCCGGAAAUAUUGAGGAGGUACCCCACAGACGACCAUAAGGAUUUUUACCUUCCAACUGAUGUCACCGUGUUCUGCCAACCUGAAGGAUGUGUGACCUUAAGUAAGUCAACAAAACAUGAAUCUUCAAUUAAUCAUAAAAUGCCUAUACUUAAAGCCAUACGUGCGAUAAGGUGAAC